GUAUUGUGUAUCGUGAUGGGAGCUGCGUUUGCUUAUGUAUUCGCCAAUAAUGGCUACCUUUCUUGUUUCGACAUACAAUCAAGGUGGAUGGCAGCGGCAAUGGCAGAGUUUAACAUAAAUAUUGUUCUCAUAUGGGCAUGGUUUGUUUACAAGGAGUCAAACUGGACCGUGGCAGCUGCUAUAAUCGCUUCAACUUGGCUUGUUGGAAGCAUAACUACAUGUGGAUACAUCUUUGUGCAAUUCUUCAAGUUGUCACCUGAAGAAUCAUCGACAAAUCCAUUAUAUUUUGUGUUGGUGAAACAUCAUAAAAGGGAUCAUGUACGAAUUUCUGUUGUAACUGCAAGAGUUAUCGUUUCUGCACUAGGCUGCUUGAUGGUGGGAGUUUUGAUUUACUCGUUUAUUGUUAAUGCAUCGUCUCCAUACCAUUCCAAUCCUGUCGCACGAUGCAUGGUAGCAACGGUGAUUGAUAUCUACAUCCAUCAUGUGGUUUUAUCGGUGUGGGUGGCAUAUAAGGAGCCGAGUUUUAUUAGUGCUUUCUUUUGGAUAGUCUUACUUCUAUGUUUUGGGAGCAUUAUUACAUGUGUAUAUAUAGUUCGGCAACUGUUCUACCUCUCACCUCAGCAUCCUAUUUCCCUCAUACUAUUCAGCAAAAGUGACAGAUAUUUACAAUCAAAUGAUCCAUUAUUGAAGGCACAUUCCGAUGUAUAA